CCUGAGAACGCUGCCUGUGCCCCGGACGGUCCCGGCCUUGUCCAGUGCCUCUGUGAUAGCCCCUUCCACGGGUACAAGUGCCUGCGUGAGGGCACGUUUCCAGUGCUGCUCUUCUGCGGGGUCCUGGGAGCCACCACCCUGUCCCUGUCCCUCCUGCUGUGGGGCACCCAGCGCCGGAAG